UUUAGUUCCGGCGGCUCCGCAGCAGCAGCAGCAUGGGCCUCAGCGCGUCGCGGUCCACCAAGCCAUUCGAGCUCGAGGAGUUCAAGGUGGCCUGGCUCGCCUUCAAGGCGGAGAUCACCGAGACGGGCUCGCGCGACCGUGGCCUCGCCAGCAAGCGCGGCCUCGCGUCGUCCAAGUUCCUGCGCAGCCUCUACGGCGAGAGCAUGGUCGACGAGAUGAAGGGCCUGCCCGACGACCUCAUCUCGCGCGAAUACUUUAUCGGGACGCUCGCGCUCUUCUACCAGGGCAACACGGAGGACAAGAUCGGCUACGUCUUCAGCAUGUACGGCGUCACGUACGGCUACGAACGACGAGACGACGGCGUGAUCAACUAUAACGACUACCUCAACCUGCUCGAGUACCUGACGUCGCACCAGUCGGUCGCGCCAGAGCUCGCCAACGUCUUUGACGACUGCGACCUCUCCAAGGACGCGUACCUCCAGGCGUCGACGUUUCUCAAAUGGGUACGGCAGUACCCGCACGUUAUGGAGGCCCUCGCCACGCUCCUGCCCGCGACCUCGGUCGACGACGAGAACGUGGUCGACGACGUCGCGCUCGCGGCUCCGAUCCCGUCGCACGUUGCCCACGAAGACACCGACCCGCUCAACGUGAGCCCGUCGUUCAAGUACGCGAACGAGCGCCGGCUCAAGAACCUCAGCUCGUUCGAGAUCCUUGGCGGCGACAGCAGCGAAGACUCGUCGGCCGACUCGGACGUGGAGCUCCACGGAGACGCUGUCGACGACAAGCCGCGGUCGUCGUCGCCGCCACUGCGUCCGUCCUUGCCCCGGGACACGGACACCGUCGACGACCGCACCGCCAGUGCCCCGAUGCCCCGGACGCACGACCGCAAGGGCCGGAACCCGAUCGGGAAGCUCGGGCGCGCGGUCGGCGGUGGCAUCUCCAAGGUCGGCCGCAGCAUUCUGCCCAAAGGCAAGAAGGGCGUCGCAUACGCCACGGCCACCGCCGGCGGGUCCACCGAGAACCACCACUACAUUGGCGGGUACCUGCACAAGAUCAGCGACGGCAAAUGGAGCAAGCGCGUCUGGCACACGCGCUGGUUCGUCCUCGACCUCGAGCGCGGCGUGCUCUCGUACUACAAGGCGAACCCGUCCUCGAGCAUCAACUCGCCGCAUGGCUCAGUGGCCUUCUACGACGACCUCGACCUCCAUCUGCACGUUGGCGACGACGCGCGCGCGUCCCACCAUCAUUCGCAGCAUCCAGUGGUUCACAAGCCGCACCCGUGGUUCCGCGGCUGCAUGGACCUCAACCAGACCAACGUGUCGCUCCUCUUUGAGAAGCAAUUUGCCCAGAACGCGCCCAACCAGUACUUUUUCCAAGUCUCGAACCUCAACAUUGGCGAGUCCGAAUCCAAGCGCGGGUCGCAGUACAAGCUUUGCGCAAAUACGGAAGAGGAGUUUAUGCAGUGGACAAAUGCGAUCGCGGACGUCAUCAACCGCAAGCACACGACGGGCAAAGCCGAGCCCCAAUCCAACUUGUCAAUUCAGCAAAUUUACCGCCAGCGACUCCAAGAAUCUUCGAUCCACGAAGCGCCCGAGGAAGCACCGGUCGAGACGGAACCAGCCGAGCGCGACUCGGAGCCGGUCCGUCGCAGCAGUGUCCGUGUGUCGACAUCGUCGUCGAACGCGACACCGACGCCGCAGCCGUCGCCCACCAAGCCGCCGCUGCACCCACCAACGCCGGUCCCACCCAUCGUGCCGCCUCGCGCCUACUCGGAGAUGACGCCGGUCGCGUGGCGCUUCGCCUUUGCCAUUGAGGGCCAGCGCGAUUGCCUGCUCUUCCUUUGCCUCCUCAACUUUGCCGUCUUCUCCAGCUUUGCUGCGUUUGGCCGGUCCGGACAGCUCUUUGUCAUGGUGCUCAUCUCGCUCGGCUUUCUCCGCAGCCUCCGGAGUCCAAGUCACCUCGCUCCCGUGGCGCUCUCGGUCGACGACGACGACGUUCCACCGUGCGUCGCCUCGGGGGUGUGCUGUCUGCAUGCGCCGCCGGCCGCGGUCGCUGUCUCGUCGCUGCCCUUUCUAGCGCCGGUCGUCGUCCCGGCGCCGGCCCCGACGCACCGGAAAUUCUCCUUCGACAUGUUUUCGUCGUUCAAGCAGUCGACCAACGACGACUGCGCCGAGAACGCGUGGUCGUUCACGACCGCCGAGACGUUCAACGUCCGCAGCCUCGAUUACAAGAAGAGCAAGAAGAAGGAAGCGUCGGCAAGCGCUCUCUUUGACUUUGUCGGCGCCGACCUCGUGCGCAGCGACGCCAAGAUCGACUGCAUCACGCAGCACGUCAACCUGCCCCCGCAUCUCACGGGCGAGAAGCUCUUUGUCAUCAACGCCCAGUUGCCGCUGUAUGGCCCGUCGAUCUUUGGCGGCGGCAACUACGACGGUCCCGGCGUCAACCUCGCCUUGUACUGGACGAUCCCAAAGGACGUGCAAGCGCAGCUCGUGUCGCCGUCGACGCCGACCCUGCGUCUCCUCAAGCGCUUCUUCAACUCGGCAAAGGACCCGUCGAUCCUCGACCGGUUCAAGGUCAUUGCGCAGGUCGUCAACGAAAAGGACUGCGGGCUCUCGGGCAUGCCCCGCAAGCUGCUGCAGAAGAACAACGCGACGCCAGUGCUGACGCGGCCCCAGCACCGCAUCUACCACCGCGAGCACUUUACCGAGAUCGACGUGGACGUGCACAUGUUCUCGCUCGUCGCGCGCACCGGCAUCAACUCGCUCGUCGACAAGACGGCCAAGAUGGUCAUCGACAUGUGCUUUGUGCUCCAGGGCGAGACGGACGACGAGCUGCCCGAGCACAUCCUCGGCUGCGCGCGCAUGGUCCGCGUCGACCUCUCGAGCGCCAAGCACCUCGACCAGGUCAUCCACGUCACCUCCCUAUCUUCCUAAACGUCCGCAAGAAGUCUCUGUAUCCUUCAUCUCGCUUGAAUAUUGGAUAGUCGGAUAGGUUAGAUUAGAAUUACGUGGCGGUCGGCGAGUCCGGCGGCUGCGUCGACGAGCUCG